UGUGGCAAAUCCACAGUUUUUUCAAAGCUCACCUUAGCUUUGUAAAAAGGGAUGCAACUUUUAACUCUUAACACAAAUUAAGGUGACAAUUAUUAUUAUGUCUAAAUGAAGCUAACUAAUUUUAGAAAAGUCACCACCAUCAACAAGGAAAGUGCCACUUCUAACUCUAACACCUAAGAAAUCGUUUUUCAUGUCCAUGCAUUAUUUUCUCCAUCAUCACAUCACAUUACAUUACACACUCAUAAUCAAACCUCAUCAUACCAAAACACUCGUUCAUCAACAACAUGCACUCCUUGAUUCCAAAAUCUUUCCACAAGAAGAAACACCCAAACACACCCCAUUCCAACAACAACCCAUGUUAUCUCUACGUCAUAGCAAUCACAACCGCCGCCACAAUCCUUUUUUUAUUCUACUCCCGCCAAACAGAUCCUGAACACUUAUGCUCCACCCCCGCCCUCACCACCGCCCAAACAAUCAUCGCCGACGAAUUCACCGCCACUGCGAUCCCUUUAGUCACCAUCUUCCACUACGCUACGGCGCGUGACGUUCCCCAACAAUCCAAAGGCGAGAUCCGAAGACCCUUCGACGUUUUACAAUCUUUAGCGCCAUGCAACUUUCUCGUCUUUGGAAUUGGUCACGACGCGCUCAUGUGGGAUUCGUUUAAUCCACGUGGCAUUACGUUGUUUCUCGAAGAAGAUCGUAAAUGGACUAUUUCUUCUCUCAAACGUUUUCCUAUCCUACGCGCACAUACAGUGCAUUACAACACGCGCCUCACCGAGGCCCAAAUGCUUCUCUCCUCCUACAAGAAGGAUUGCGGGGCGGUUGCUGAAAACGACCACCCACUCAAAGACGACCGCAAAUGUAGGCUCGCGUUGAGUGAGUUACCAAAAGAUGUCUAUGAUCGGGACUGGGAUGUGGUAAUGAUCGACGCGCCGAGGGGAUAUUUUGCCUCGGCUCCCGGGAGGAUGGCGGCGAUAUAUUCGGUGGCGGUGAUGGCUCGUGCGAGAAAAAAAGCGGGUGUUACGCACGUGUUUCUUCAUGACGUGGAUAGGGAAGUUGAGAAACUAUAUGCUAAGGAAUUUUUGUGCAUGAAAUAUCGAGUUGGUGGUAUUAGGAAGCUUUGGCAUUUUGUUAUUCCACCUGCUGUUAAUGUUACCGAUACCACAAAUGGAUUUUGCUAAAUAGUUUGUGUUUUCUUCAUUCCUAUUUUUUUCUUUGUAAGAAUUUGUUGUAAUAUUAAUUAAUAUUGUUUCGUCUCACAAGUGAAAAACAAGUAAUAUUUAUACAA